AUGGUCAGUUCGAUAUUGGAUGGUGUGGUGGUGGUGGACUGGUGGUGGGGCGUGCUACCAUGCAUGUUCUGUGCAACUGGCGACAACAACGACGAGUGCGGGGGUUCUUCUUCUGAAGAUGAGCAGGAGACCUGCGACGUCGCCGGCCUGCCUUCCGGCAAGGGCAAGCAGCUGAAGAGCCAGCCCCUGGACAAGUACAGCGGCUACCUGAGAGGCCUCUGGAGGGAGCUCUCCGGGAAGAAGAAGAAGAAGAAGAGCGGGAGGCUGCCGAGGGAGGCGCGCCAGAGGCUCCUGCACUGGUGGCAGCUGCACCAGGGAUGGCCCUACCCAUCGGAACCGGAGAAGCAGGCGUUGGCUGAGUCGACGGGGCUCGACACGAGGCAGAUCAACAACUGGUUCAUCAACCAGAGGAAGCGGCACUGGAGGUAGGCGCCGCCGGCGACGAGCAGCAGGUUGCAGCAUAUCAACGCCGGUGCUUCCAGCAGCACCUCUCCUGCCGUCCUUGGGAUGGAAGGCCAGCACUUCACCGGACGGAAUGGGUAUCCCGACGGUGGUCCGUUGAGACUCUGAUCAGUGGGCAUAUACCAUCGUAUUCCACACACGUCCAGACGUGCCUGCGGUAGAUUUGAUUUAUUGCAGAGUGAAGUUCAUGAUAGAGCGUAAACGUGAUCAACUCAACAAUAAUUUUUCCAACCAUAACUAUAGUUAAAUAAUGAGGCCGGUAUAAGCCAUCAUGCCCAGCUAGGUGUAAAAGAAUGUAUAUUGGGCGGGGCCGGAAUGGGCCAGGCCAAGUGAAAACACUUCAUUCCUUCUCUCAAGGCUAAUUUAUGUGAAUUGACAGAAUAGAGAGAUUGUCUAAAA